ACGUUUAUUCGAUACCUUCCACUCUACCUGACAUUUUAGCCCAUGCCCGUGGAUCGUAAUUGCAUACAAGCAACGAGCAGCGUUUCGAAUAUUUGACAAGGCGUGUCCAUUACACGAAAAAUUACUACGAAACGUUUGCGUACACUCUCAAGUAUGCGAGCGCGAUAAAAAGCAGCUGGAGCAUCUUUGGCAAGCUAUAAAACCAGUGGCCACUCGCUAUUUCGUUCAUGUCAUGUCUCCAUUCCAGAAGGGAUAAACGCGGGCACGUAUCGUUAAUCGCAUAUCGCGAGGGAAAUUUCUGCAACUGUUUACCUGGUUAACGUCUCUGCAAAACGUGGAUAUCAAGAUGCAUCAUGGAAAGAAGUCUCCCAGCAUGGGAACGCCGUCUGUGUAUUCCCACGUGACCACCACUCGCAGUAGCGCAAAUCUCAGAUCGUCGAGGUCCGCUCGCAGCGUAAAGAUUCCUUGGUACCAUAAGCCGAUAGUGACGCACGCUUUUGUACUUGACAUUCAGAGGGGUGCCAUGUUCGCCGCUAUAUUCUCACUGUGCCUAGCCUUCUUCACGAUAUGCACAGCUAUUUUCGACAUCUACUGCCUCUCGCAAGCUGCGCCUGGUUCCACACACUAUGGAUAUUACAUCAUAUCGUAUGAAUUUGUUUAUGUGGGCAGUCAACAUGUUCGAAAUGCCCUGAUUGUGUUUGCAUUGUUCUCCAUGUUGGGUGGAAUAGUCGUAUUUGUGACUUCUUUAAUGUUAAUCACAGCUCUACGGAAAGAAUAUGAGAAGAAGACGUUGCCGUGGCUGUACAGUUUUGCUAUUUUCACUCUCUUCCGACUAUUUGCUUUUAUAUUCUUCAGCAUUGUAAACGACAUGAUAUUUGCCUACAAUAUCAUGAUGUGUCUUCUAUGGAUAAUAUUUAUCUGCGUUUCUGCAUAUGGCUGGCUUAUUGUAUAUUCUCUGUAUCUCGAGCUGAGCGAUCUAACAAGAUUGGAAGAUCUGGCUCAUCUGCGGAUUGGUACAAUGCAGUCUUUAAAUGCAUCGACGACACAUUCCAUUGCUGGUUCUCGACCUACAACGCCGCAUAGUGCAGUAUCAACUAUGCCUGUUAAUUAAAUAAUAUACAUAUACAUGAUACAUAGUUUUUUAUAUACAGUAGAUGAAAAAGGUAUUUGUAUAUCUUUUCUGAGAUAAUAUUUUACAAAGAAGAAAAAUAUUGCUAUUGUCUUCUUUAAAGAAACGACACUUCCUGCAGAACAUCAUAUCUUAAUGCAGAUUUAUUCUGACGUAAACACUUGUGCAAUAUUUCUUUCGUAUAACAUUAUUAUUAAAUUUUACAAAUACCUUUUUUGUUAACUAAAUGUUUGAUAUAUAUAUAUAUAUAUAUACUUUUAUCUCGUUUAAUAUAUAUCAAAACAAAAUGAUCAAACUAAUUCUUCAAGUUAAACAAGUUCACUGCCUGUAUAUACGAUUACAUACGCACAAAGAAUUUGUGCAAGCACUAGGCUGCCUUUUAACAACUUUACAAUGAACAGACUAAUCGUUAUGACAUAUAACAAUGUGACUUUUAUAUAUAUUCUAGUUACUACAGCAUUUGCUAGUUUGUGAACUUAUUGCGAUAUAGUUCCGUCCACAUAUAAAAUGCAUUAGAUGUAAGCAUCCCAGCGAGAAAUUACUUGUCGAUCGAAAUUAUGUCGAAUCGACGUCAAUUUGACGGUGUCAGUUCGAUGACGAUUUAUUUCUCGCUGGGAUAUGUAUAGCAAGUAUUUCUCUGACGUGUAUUCCGUCCAUUUGUAUUAUCAUAUAGUAGAGCUUUCUUACAAGAUACUAUUGUAUCUUACUUAUACUAUCUUAUAUAAGCUUUCCUACAAUCUAUUAUCAAAAUGUUUGUUAUUGAAAUUAAUAUUAUAUUGCACAUUUUAAAAAUAUAAUUAUUAUGCAACU